GGAAUUAUUUUCGGAUCGUAGCUAUUUCCAUGAUAAUUUGUGAUGCGACCAAAAGAAAAACAACAUGCAACAUUUUAUAAUCACAACAUUGGUGAAACAUUAAAUUGUACCAAUAACCUAAAUGAAUCCCAACAUUUACUCAGUUAGGCCAGGAUAUGGACAAGGUGUUUUUAUGCCUGGAUUUAAUCCAUCAUCGAUGCAGCAACCUCCACCAGGUAGUGGUCGGUUUGUCUACCAAUCACCCCAAGCCAUGCCAUUUCAGUUUCAGGGACAAAGCAUGCAAUAUCAGCAACAAUUGAACACACAGUAUCAGCAACCAACAAGUACACAGUUUCAACAACAAACAAGUUCACAGUUUCAACAACAAACAAGUACGCAGUUCCAGCAACCAAUGAAUACGCAGUUUCAGACCCCAAUCAUGUCUGGAGCAGGUUAUCAGAGGUCAUCUCCACUACAGCCUGGUCAGAUUAUUAAACCAAAUUGUCCACCUGUCAGUCAGCAACUAAGAUCACCAGUCAUGGUUGUCAGCAGCCAAGCACGCACGUUGCCAGAGUUCCGGCCAGUGUCACCAAUGUCCCAACUUGUUGGUCUCCAGCAGAGAAUGACCUCACCGCUGAACCGAUCUCUGACCUCUCCUCUGGACACAUCUUUAUCAUCACCUGACACAGGCAAGCUGUCUCCUUCCAUUCCUAACGGUUUUGUUGCAGCUUACAAAGACGAUCAGAUUUUCUUUAAACUUGGCCAAAUAGAUCAGUCUACAAAAGCUCAGACACCAGAAGAAAUAUUUAAAGCUAAAGCAUCUCAUUAUGGUAUCAACAUUGUAACAAAAUCUGACAAAAUCAAUCAAACUACUGCAAAAAUAUUUAGGAAAGUUGAAGAAGAAAAGAACAGGAAAGAAAUGGCUGAGGACCCUAAUACUCAAACUUUUAUGCAGAAAGCUUCAAAAUAUGGCAUUAAAAUCGAGAAUCCUAAGAAGCGAAUGCACUCAGAAUCUGAAAGUUCUGAAACAUCAUCCGUAGUAGAUAUGAAAACCUCGAACAGAUCUUCAAAGGUUGGCCUUGGCGAUUCAUUGGGCAAGGGAGACUACAAUCAAAACUUUCCUGUUUUAUCAGCCGAUAGAUGGAAAAAAACAUGGUGCAGUAAAGAAAAGAUGAAUUUAGAAUUAGGAUCUUCUAAUGAAAAGAUUGCUGUAGAUAGUGAGGUUAAUGGUAUAGAAAACAGUCAUAUUUUAUACGAAUUAGAAUCCAAAAAGAAAAGCAAUUACGAACAAAUGUUAACUGCACUUAGGAGAACAAAUUAUGCUCCGGAUGUUGGUGAUUAUGAUGAUUUAUCUACGCCAGAGUUGCAGUCACCAAGAGAUGCAGCCGCACCAGAAGAUUGGGAGCAUUUCAAAGAUGGCAUUAUUAAAACUCCUGUCGUUGAGACAACAAGAAGACUAAGUCAAGACACUGAUUCACUGUAUAUGUCUGAUACUCCUCAAGACGAAGACGGGAAGGACAGGACUGUUACAGAAGAUGAAAAACUCUUUGAGAUUGCUAAUAAACUUGUACAAAAGGCAAUUGCUUCUGCAUUACAAGAGUUAAGAGCAGAAGAUACAAUCGACAGAGUAAGAGAAAGAAGACGCAAGAAGGCAAUGGAUUCGUUGACAUCAUCUGGUAGCGAUCAACUUGAAAGGUUCGGUGUGAACUAUGCUUCAGAGAGUAGUGGAAGUAGAAGUCAGACACCUCAGAGUGACUUAGAGGGUUAUCUGGCUGCCUCCAUACCAGUUACUGAACAUGAACAAAAUAAACAAUGUGCUAGCAGCCAUUUUGAAAUCAAUGCGACAGACAGUUGGAGUUGCAUUGAUGAUUCCGAAAAUUCAGAUGAUAAACGUCCAUUACAUAUAGAAUUGAAAAACGUAGAAAAUGAAACGAUAGAACUGAAUCCACAAUCACCAGAGUUUAAACCCAGUGGUUUUAAAUAUGCUAAUAACUUGCAGCAACCAGGUUCUUCGACAUCUUUGAAAGCUGACGUGCCUGAAUUUAUUCCCUCUGUGAUUCCAAUGUACGUGCCAAAGACGGGACAUAGCAAAAGUAAUGUAAAUAUUGAACAAAAUCUUUACCAGGAGUCUAUUGAUUUUAAAGAUUAUUACAAACUUGAGUAUUCAACUGGUCAGUCUACAGAAACUCAGACGGACUCCGCUGAGGUCAAUGAUGCCAUGACAAAUACAAAACAUUCAAAAGUUUGUGAUAAAUCUGUAGAGACAAAAACCUGUGAUGUAAGAGAAAUUGUUGUAAACACUGUUGAAUCCAUGUUUGAUCAGCAAAGUGUUUUUUUCAUCGAUGAAAAUACAGAUGAAGUUGAUCAUGGUCAUUUGGAUGUUUGUGUUCAGACUGAUGAAAAUGAAAAUUCACUGAAACAAAAAUUGAUAGAAGCACAGAGGGAGCUAUUAAAGACAAGGUACUAUGUUUGCUAUCAACAGCUAGAACAAGAGAUACAGCAUAUCAGGAGUUCUAAGUACCAGAUUUACUCAGUUUUCUCCCAUCUUGGUGACCGGUCCAAAGUAGCUGAUGUUGUGGAGACUAGAAUAUUGUACAUAAAAGGAGAGAUACAGAGGUUAAAGAAUAAACUUGCUCAGUUUGAGAAGGUAUUAGAUGAGAAGAUCCUGUUUGAACAAGUACCUGACUUUGGUGUUACAUUGGAUAUGGACUCUAUGAUAUCAUCUGUGGUCAAAACAGAUUCAAAAGAAGUGCAGACUGAGAAAAUGUUGUCAAAAGAGAGCCCAUCUAUAAAUGAACAUCAAACACGAUUUCUCUCGGAGGCAAUAAAAAAGCUUUUACACAAGUUAGAUGGUAGUGAUGAAGCCACUAAAUAUCUGAUGACUGUGUUCAAGGAUAUGCUCAGUACAAUGAAACUAUUGUCUGACUGUGUACAAGAACAUACUGCUAUUGGUAAAGACAACAUGUUAGAAACUUUGAAUGUCAUGAAGGAAGUUGUCAGGGAAGUUUCAUCUACCGUUAGAAAAGCCGAAUCUGAAAUUAAAAAUUUGAAUAGUUCUAGUCAUACCACAUUAGUAACAGAGGCUUUGAAAGAUAGCAAUGCAGUCAACACGUUACCUGAAAAUUCUGUUGAGAUUUUAGAGGAUAAAGGUGUUUCUAGAGAUAAUUCUGAAGAAAGGAAAGAAAAUAUAGAUGUCAAGGACAAAGCAAAGAGUAAGAAAGGAAAGAAAAGUAAGAAAAAGAAGUUGGAGAAAGAAAGCACAGAAUCAAAUAUAGUUAUAGAGGGAAAGACAGAUCAAAGUAUUGAGAAAUUUUACAAUGGAGAAAUAAGUUCUGAAAGAACACCAGCAUCUGUCAAAUUGUCAGGGACAUUAGUGAAAGCAUCGGCUUCUUUAGAGAAACUUGAGGCUAACUUGAAACUUGAUGAAAAGUUGGAAUUUGAUGAAGAAAAUACCUUGUUGAAAGAACAGAAUGAAAGUGAAAUGUCUGUAAAACCAAGCUCAGGUGAGGUAAAAACAGUGAAACAUGAAAUCAAGUUGUCUACAGUAAAAACAGAUAAUGAGAUUUCUACUGUGAAAAACAAUGGCAUUGCAUCUACAGUGGAAAACAGUGACAAUACAGUAAAAAAUGAAAAUCUAGACAAGGCCAUUGCACAGAGUACAGACAUUAAAGGUUCUUUAGAAGAUAUUGACGAUGAUGAAUUGGAUUUCGAUGUAGAGAUGAGUAAGUCCUAUCACUCAGCAAGUAGUGAGUAUGUGUCUGCAGCCUCACAGCAGACGUCACAGUGCCAUACUCCCGUUUUACUCUCAGCUUCCGAGGAAAAUCAGUUCUUCAUCUCAAAUAAAAGUUCUAGUCAAGAAUCUGUGGAGAAACAAUCUGAACAAUUAACUGAUAAUGAUUCCACAUCUACAAUGAAUUCUAGCAGUGCUCAGCAGGAAACCAGUGCAAUUAUUGAUUCUAGUCAUAAAAACAAUGAACAGUUAAUGGAAGGGGAAAGUCAAGUGCCGUAUUUGAACACAAAUGUAAUUGGAGUUUCUACUAGUGCUAAUGCUACAAUUAUACCUCAGGAAGAAAGUGCAAUGUCAACACUGUGUCAAAGUCAUCUUGAGUCAAAUGUUCAGCCAGAUCUGUCUUGUCAAAAUCAAAGUGGACUUUUGUCUCAAGUGACAAAUAACUCAUUGUACGAGGCUGUUGUUCAGCAGUUAAAGCAAGUGUACCCACAUUUAGCCAGUAAUCCAGUCAUGUUGAAUAUGAUAGCUCUUCAGCAGACGUCAGUUUUACAUAAUUAUCUUGGAAAGUCAGAUGGGCCUGGAAUGGCCAAUCAGAUGCAGGCUUUUGGAAUGGAAACUGCUGGAACAACAAAUGCAACAAGUGCUAUGGAAAUGACGGGUGAAGCAAUGCCCAGUCAGAUUAAUAGACCAGACAAGCCAAAUCCUAUGACAAAUCAGACAAAUAUUCAGCCAACAAAUCUGAAUUUUUCUAGUCAAGUUGAACACAGCAAAAGUGAUGUUGCUCUUGGCAACCAAAACAAACCAAUGAAAACCUCUGUUACAAGUUCUGAUCAUAAUCUGCCUAUCAAAACAUCUGUUGCAAGUUCUAAUUAUGAUCUGUCAAUGAAAUAUAUUGUUAACGGUUCAGGUGACCAAUCUCUUCCAAUGAAACCAUUAACACCUUCUGAAAAUAAUAUGAAAACAAUAUUACAAGGGGAUGGCUCUGAAAUUUUGAAAAAGCCGGCAGACAUUAUUAAAUAUGGCAACAAAUCAACAAGUAAUGUUAACAACUGUAAUUCACUGGAACUGAAGAUGGACAAAUACUUGUGUUCACCAGAGAAAGUAACCAUGGUUACCAAAUCCAGUAAAUCAUUGAGCUCCUCGAUAAUUGAUGAUGCUACUCUUUCACCAAAAUCUACGGUCAGACCACCUGGUUUUGGUGGCAAGAAUGAUUUUUCUGUUGAAACUUCUUCAGACACUAUUCCUGCAAGUGGGCCCCCAAUGGUAAUACCACCUAAUAGCUCUAACUUCAAUGGAUGUACAGAAAGUGUUAAAGACUUUAGGAAAACAAAAAUCAGCCCUAAUCGUGCUAAUAUUUUAAGCGGUUUCAAUAAAGAAUCAACUAUCCAAAAACCCCUGGAAGUUACUGGUUCAGGUUUCACCUUCAGUAAGACUUUAUCCUAUAAUCUACCUCAAUCAAAAACUAAUAAAUCAGCAACCUCAAAUGUAGCUGUGGAACAGGGUAAGAAAGUGCCACUUCUGCAGGCACCAGAAAAGAAGCCACCACUUUUGUCAUUGCCCGUCAUGGAGAAGACUAGACAUCUAUCUCAGCCAAACACAGGAAGGAAAGAUAUAGUUCAUGGAAAAUUAUCAGGAUUUGAUAGCAAUUCACCUAGUCCAACAGAGGCAGAGAAGAAAUGGCAGUUCUCAUCUGGUCUACCAAAUUUACCGCCAAGACUGCAGAAGAAAAGACGUAGUUUUGAGAACACCAAAGUGAAUCAUCCACCAGUUUUAUCUGAACCAAGCUGGGAUGAUGAAGUUGAUGAUUAUGCUGAACCAUUUGUUCCAAAUUUUGACCCCAGGAGGCCUUUAGAAUCUCACAUAGGUAAACAAUCUGUUGACACUUUAGAAGAAAUAACAUUACCAGAGAAAAGAAAAACAGAAGAUGUGAAAGUAGAUGGAGAGAAAGAAAAACAGGAAGAGGAUGAAGACUGGUGUCAGGUGACCAAAAAGAAAAGGAAAGAAACCAAACCAUCGGAUGUUAAGAAACCAGCAGCAAGUAGGAUACGACACAAAUCUGCAGCAGAUAAGACAACCAAGAGCAAUAACUUUGACAGACUAGUUCAGAUGUUAAUGGAAGUCUAUACUGGACUUACAAGGUCACAGGUUAUGGAUGUUAUUCAAGAGGUACGAGUGGUCAGGGGUGGACUCAGUGGUCUGACCGUUAAAGAAAUCAUGGAGAUAGCCAGGACGGUUAUAAUAAAAAAAUAUGAACACAAAAUGACAAAUAAUCAGAGACCUAUGCAGGCAUCAGAUGUCAAAGGCAAGACAUCAACAAUGACUGGCAGGAGGAAGGCGGAGCUUCAAAAUAUUGCCACUGGUCAUCCCUCCAAUCAGGUCACCAUGGAAACAGUUGAAGAGAGAGCCAAUCAGAUAAAAGUAUACAAUGCCAUGAAGGCCAAGCAAGCUUUACACACAUCAGAAAAAAUGAUUGAUGAUGAAGAUGAUAUAUGUGUGAUUUGCCAUGAUGAGUUGUCGUAUGGAGAGACUAAGAUGUUAGACUGUAAACAUGAGUUUCAUACUGAGUGCAUCAGUAAGUGGGUAUAUGAAAGAGAAAGAACCUGCCCAACAUGUCGGGGGCAUGCCUUGUUUGAAGAUGACUUUCCCAAGCUGGGAAACUAAAAAUAGCGUAUGUUCUGCAGAAAAAGAUCAGAGGUGAAAGGUCAAGCUAUGAAUCCAGACCUGUGGAGAAAGUUCGUGCAAUAUGUUGUUUCUGAAGACGGUGGCCAAGAUAGGUUGUCAUAUUAAUGUUUCAAAAAGUUAACCAUGGUCUGUCAGUUUAUAGAAUUAUGUAGAAUGUUAUGGGGUAAAGGUUUAAACAGUUUUCAAACUGAUAAAGAAUCGUGCAUGAUGCUGAGAGUAAAAGUUUGAAAGAUCUCUCAUCCACUGAUAUAUAAUUAUGCAGAAAUAAUGUCAAAACAAUUUAUAAAAGAUUGUAAAGCCUCUCUCUCUCUUUCUUCUAUUAUGUAUAAAUAAUGUUGAUAUAAUUUUAAAUUUUAAAGAUUCUUUCUCUCUCCACUGAUAUAUAAUUAUGUAGAAAUAAUGUCAAUGAAAUGUUAAAGAUUUUCUCUCUUUCUCUUUUCCACUGGUUGAAAAUUAUGGGAAUUGUAAUUUUCAACAAUAAAGUUUAGAAGUUCUCUUUACAACUCUUUAAGAAUUAUUGGGGAUGUUGAGGAUGAAUUUGAAAGUUAAUAUUGUUUUAGUUUAUUUGAUCUGUGGAUGAUGGUACAAGUAAAAAGAUAAAGGGAGAAGUAUAUUUUGACUAUAAUUUGUAUGGAAGUAGGUUAAUUGGUCCCUUACUUACUUGUUUUGAUUAUUUUUGUCAAAAUACCAACCAUUUUGUGUUCACAACUAUAUUAUCUUUUUGUUUACAUAUCAGAUUAUUUGUAAGAAGUGUGUUACCUCUAACUCUUUGUAAAGUUGAUGACUAUGUGACAUAUCUGUUGUAAUUGGUGACAAAUAAUCUUUUACAAUUCAAGUUCAUGAUUAAGUUAACAAAUAUUUCAUGGCCCAUUGCAAUGUAUUAUAUAUAGAUCUGAUAAGUUGGUACUGAGGAUAAAUAUAUGACUUGUGUUGCUUCUAUGGAGAAAAUGAUAUCCACUGUUUUUGUAUAUGUAAUAAUUUUGCACACUUUAUCUGGUUUGAUUUAAAAAAAGUGUAAAUGUGUAUAAAAAAGUGUUUACAUCUUUG